GCCUGGUGCUUUUCUUCAACAGCAUCAUGCUGGCCGCCAUGGUGUAUGAGAUUCUCAGACUGAGACAUCGAGAGCAUCACUGGGGAUAUGUGGUGAUGCUCCUGGGCCUGAGCUGCGUCCUGGGCAUUCCCUGGGGGCUGGUCUUCUUUGCAGUCGCUUCUGGGACCUUCAAGCUGGUGGCCGUCUAUCUGUUCACCAUCAUCAACUCUCUCCAAGGCUUCCUCGUCUUCCUUUGGUACUUGGCCAAAGUGCUGCAGUCUCGCAGGUCGAAUUCCAUGCAGUGCACAACUUCCAAAAGCCUGAAUCUCCAAUCCAGCAACUCCAGCAUCUGACCUUGGUCCUGGCCAGGGGGACUUUGGAUGUGAAACGCUCACACAAGGAUCUUCCUGGAAACUCAAUCAAACACUUCUUGGGUGGACUUGGGUGACGUCGUACCUUCGAGUAGCUUCGAGACGACACCAACCUGUUUUCCUUCAAUGUAGGAAAUUUCAACUUACAAUAGUUUGUUUAGUGACUGUUCAAACUUACAACAGCACUCAAAAAGUGACUCAUGACUGUUUUUCACACUUAUAACCACUGUGACACCCUCAUGGACGUGUGAUCAAA